AUGAUUAUAGUCUUCCGACCAACAAAAAACUACCUGAAACAUCUUCCUGUUCCUGAUUUUGAUGUAUUUCUAACGCCUUGCAUGAUGAAGGAGCACGCUAGAAUGUCAAAGAAGCAGGAAAUGCCAAAACUCGACAUGAGUCGCUGUGAGCUGCCUUGUCCAGCUGGGACAUCACGAGCUGGCGACAAAGUUCAGUGGAGAAAGGCCAUAAAAAAUGCCAAAGCUCAAAAUGAGCAUCUCGUAAUGCGGCAGAUCAACUUGGAACUGAUGGAAGAGUAUGCUCCUGAAAGUUAUUUGAGAAGAAACAAGGAGCUAGAACAACUUUGCACAGAAGCGGAGCGAGAGCUUAGAAGAACCAAAGAGCAGGUUAUGGAAAUUCAUGCAAGGCGUAAGAUGGCGCAAUUAGAGGCGGGAAGGCAGCUCAAGGAACUUGAAGGUAGCUGGGUAGCUAUGGUCACCAAUAACUACAGGUUAGUUGGGAGUCACCGUUGA